CUCUUGCCGCACUGGCUGCCCGAGGUGGGGGGCGAGCUCAGCGGUGACGCGCGGCCCUCACGUGACCCGGAGCUGCAGAGCGACGCAGCCCUGGGUGCAGUCGUCACUCGCGUCUGGCUAGCAGCUCCCGCCGCCCAGCGCCCGGCGGGCUGGCAUUGGGCCCGGGGAAAGCGGAGCAGGUCUGAGUGUCUCUGCAACGCACCUUGUGAGAAUUGGGAGGAGGAGAGCCAGCAAGGAUAGGCCCAGGAAUAAUGGCGUCCAAAGAGGAACAAGCUGUGAAAAACCUCGAUGUGGAAAAUGCUCAUCAGGACAAUGAAAACAAGGAAGAAAAGGAACAAGUUGCUACUAAGAAGGAACCCAUGGCUCAGCCUUUGGAAGCCGGGGUUCCUAGAGCGAAUCGCAGGCGAUUCCGUGUUAGGCAGCCUGUCCUGCACUAUAGAUGGGAUCUGAUGCAUAGGCUUGGAGAGCCCCAGGCAAGGAUGAGAGAAGAGAACAUGGAAAGGUUUGGGGAGGAGGUGAGACAGCUCAUGGAAAAGCUGAGGGAAAGGCAGUUGAGCCAUAGUCUGCGGGCAGUUAGCACCGAUCCCCCCCACCAUGACCACCAUGAUGAGUUUUGCCUUAUGCCCUAAAUCCUGAAUCCUGAUGUGUUCCCUAAGGAGAGACCCCUGCUACCUAAACCUACAUGUUUGUGAUGUACUCUUGUAAAUCUUUUGAUGUUCCUUGUGGGUCUCCUAUUACCAGCUUCUAAUUGAAUGUUGUGUUUUUGACCCCAUCUGUAAGAUUUUUGUUAGCAGGAGAAUUUAUCUAUUGCAUGGAAAGAUGCUCAUUAUAUAUUGUGAAGUUAAUAAAGCAAUUUUA